UCUCACUCUCCCACCACCUUCAUCCAUGGCGUACAUGAGACUUGGUUCCAAAUCGGAAGCCUUUCAUCGCGACGGCCACACUUGGCAGUGCACUUCUGGUUUACUCAGCGAUGUAACAGUUGAAAUUGGGGAAAUAUCGUUUCAUCUUCACAAGUUUCCUCUGCUAUCGAGAAGUGGAUUGCUCGAGAAGCUUAUUUCGGAAAUGCCUAAUGCUGAUGGAUCGCCUUGUGUUUUACAAUUGAGUCAGCUUCCCGGUGGAGCGAAAUCGUUUGAGCUAGUUGCGAAAUUUUGCUAUGGUGUCAAAAUCGAGCUCACAUCGAUGAAUGUGGUUAGUCUUCGAUGUGCAUCUGAGCACCUCCAGAUGAGUGAAGAGUAUGGAGAGGGGAAUCUGAUUGCACAAACCGAGACGUUUCUCACGGAAGUGUUUGGAAAUUGGACGGACACGAUUAAAGCACUUGAGACUUGUGAGGAGGUUCUGGUGCACGCGGAGGAGCUCCACAUUGUGACGAGAUGCAUACAUUCGUUGGCAGUGAAGGCGUGCGCGGAUCCUAAUUUGUUCGGAUGGCCUGUAGCAGGGUGCAACGAGGCAGGACGGCCUUCAGGGGCUGGGUUUUGGAACGGGAUAUGCACUGGUUCAAAGAACCUAUCAGUGACUGAGGAUUGGUGGUAUGAGGAUGUGUCCUUCCUUAGUAUGCCUCUGUAUAAACGGAUGAUCCAGGCUGUGGAGGCGGGAGGGAUGAAGGCCGAGAAUGUGGCGGGGGCAGUAGUGUUCUACGCCAAGAAGUAUAUACCACAGAUGAAUAGGCAGUCCAGCUUCAAGAAUUUGAAGACUUAUUCGACUAUCUCCAUCCCUUCUGAGUCGGACCAAGGGUCGCUCCUUGAGGAGCUAGUGGAGUUGUUGCCUUACAAGAAAGGCGUGGUGCAUACGAGGUUCCUUCUCAGGCUGCUACGAACUGCCAUGGUGCUGCAGGCGAGUCAGCCGUGCAGGGAGAAUCUGGAGAGGCGAAUUGGGCUGCAGUUGGAUCAAUCUGCUUUGGAGGAUCUUUUGAUACCAAACAUUGGAUAUUCUGUGGAAACGUUGUACGAUAUAGACUGUUUUCAGAGAAUUCUGGACCACUUUAUGUCGAUAGAACAGGCUUCAACGGCUGUUUCUCCGUGCAUUAUUACGGAAGAAAGUCAGAUGGCAGGAGACGGGACGAAUUCAUUGACAUCUUUAACCAUGGUUGCUAAUCUUGUAGAUGCUUAUCUUGCUGAAGUUGCUCCUGAUAUUAAUUUCAAGUUUCCAAAGUUCCUGUCUCUUGCUGCUGCCAUGCCUGACUAUGCUAGGCCGAUUGCUGAUGGAAUUUAUCGCGCGAUUGAUAUAUAUCUCAAGGCGCAUGCUUGGCUGGGAGAUGCGGAUCGGGAGCAAAUGUGUCGACUGAUGAACUGUCAAAAGCUUUCGUUGGAGGCCAGCACUCAUGCUGCGCAAAAUGAGAGGCUGCCUCUGAGGGUUAUUGUGCAAGUCUUGUUCUUUGAGCAGCUGCGGCUGCGCACAUCAAUCUCCGGCUGGCUAUUUGUCUCAGACAACCUAGAUAGCUCCCAGGAUCCGAGCUCGGUUCUUCCAACAUCCAAGUGGCGCUAUAGGGAUGACAGGACAUCCGACAUGGAGGACGUGAGGGAACGUGUUAGUGAGCUUGAGAAGGAGUGCCAGACCCUGAGAGAGGAGUUUAGGAAGCUUAAAACAAAGAGGAGUUGGAAUAUAUUUUGGAGAAGAAGCAAUGCUAAGGCCCAGAAACCAUGCAGCAACGAGAAGAAGCAUCAGCAAAAGAGCGAUUUGGCAAGUUAAAAACUUCUGUGCGUUGUAUGAAUUGUUUAAUGAAGACGACAAUAUUUUCAUCAUCUGUUAUAACAACGCUCCGCAAAAUAAUCCUCAAUGCAUAUCACUUGUCGCUUCUUC